GGGAGAUCCCUUCCGAAGAGAAUACUGAUGGUGGUCAGACCAGUGUGCAAAGUCAUCUGGAUGACCCACCAAAAACACCGGACUGUAUUCACAAUCUGCGUGAAUCUGUUCUGCCCAGCAUAGAUGCGGGCGUGGAAAGUGAAGUAAGCACAUCACCAAGUGAUUUAACCAGUGGCCGCGGUGAGCAGGAUGAUCAACAGGGAAUCGCGUUAACAAUAUGUUCUGUGGUGUCGUUGAAUGAAGAUUUGGUUGUGUCAGAAUCAAGCCCCACCGAGAAGACCGAUGACAUAAAUCAGCCUCCUGCUGGCUGCAGCCUUAAAGGAAAUGUUGAGGAAGUGAAACUUGUUGGGACCGAGAGCAUGAGCAGCACUUCAGUGGAAGGAUCCAAAGGACACAGUCUUGCUGAUUCUGAUGCCUCAAAGCCGAACUCUGUUGGGGAUCUGUCUGAUACUGACGAUGUUGUGCUGGUUGAGGAGACCCCUAAAAGAGAUGAGGGAGACAGCAGUGUGGACAAAGAAGAGAACAUCAAGAUGAUAACCUGUUCUAAAGAAAGGGAGGAAAUUAGUUUACUAGAAGACACAUCUAGUAGUGAAAAGGAGGUUCAAGGGGAGACCAUCAGCAGUGUCGAGAGUGACCUCCCUGCUACUAGUGUCCCAGAAGCCCAGGGCAGCUUUCAAUGUCUUGAGGCACAGCAACAAGAUAUCAGUUCAAAGACAGGAGAUCAAGGGGACAAUUCUUUGAAUGAAGCAGAAAACGUUCCAGUCUCAGAUGUUUUCACUGUGGGACAGACAAAAUCUGACGAAGCAGCCAAAGCAGCUUCGUCUGAUACAGAAACCAAUGACCAGGAUAACGAUGAGAUUGAAGAGGAUGAAGAUGCCUUCAAAUCAAUCUUCAGGAUAUGUGACAAGAUGUUACGAAAUGACAAAC